UGAGAGUGUUGGUGGCGUGAGCAGUUUAGUUUGGCGCCAGCGUUUUCGCGGGGAGCUCAUGAGUAAAAUAAUACUAAUAAUAGUAAUAACAAUAAUAAUAAUAAAUUAAGAGCACAAAAUAAAACAAUCUGUUGACGAUCAGAUUUUAGGCUAGCGUAUUUUAAUCUUGUAGUUCUCGUGGUUUGUGUAGUUAUGUUAGGAUUAGGAAGUUUUUCUUCUUCAUGACUAACAGCGUUGUUAUCCCGGACUGACUGAACUUUCGGCUCUGUAGGAAGAUGAUGGCUACCGUUCUCUCUACAAGUUCUAGCAUGUUGCCUCUCCUGGAGACCCUGGAGGAUUCCACUGUAUCCCUGACUGAGCAGACUGAUGCCUACCUCACUAUUGCAAAGCGUCUGAGUGGGGAGGAUGGAAGACAGUUUAUCCCUGUAGUUGGAAAGCACUUUACACGUCUCUGUAAAGCUUUUAAGGAGCACAUUUCAAGCCAGAAUUCUGAACUCUGCCAGGCAGCACUUCAAGCAUUGGGCUUCACUGUUUUCCACAGCAGCAUUGUGUCUGGGUUACCAGUAACUUAUGUGGAAGAGCUGAUUUUGGCUCUCAGCUCCCUUGCUGUUAAAUCCUGCGACAAGAAUACUUGCACCCGGGCACUUUGGGUGAUUGCUAAACAGAACUUCCCAGCUGAAGCAGUUGGGAAGAAGGUACCAGACAUUCUAAAAACGUUAGAAACUGUACAUGCCAGGCAAGAUGUGCAGUCGAUGGUGAUGGAGCACGAAGCACUAAAUGUUGUUAUAAGGCUGUUGGAGCAGACUCCAGCUCAGAUGGGGGAGGGUGCAGUCACAUGGGCUAAGCUUGUGAUUCCAUUGGUGGUACACUCCGCCCCCAAGGUGCGAUUACGGGCAGCAGCAGCUCUGGAGCUAGGGAUGCCCCUUCUGAUCGAGAAGCAACAGGAGGUGGCAGCCAUCACAGAGGCCCUCAUGUCUUCAAAACUGAUACCAGAACUACAGAAGCUGUUUUCAUCCAAGAAUGAGACUAAUGUGCUGAAACUGUGGCCCCUGUUUGUGAGGUUACUGGGAAAGACCCUGCACCGCGGAGGAGCUUUCAUUAACUCUCUGUUGCAUUUGGAAGAGCUGGGUUUCCGCAGCAGUUCUCCAGUAGUGAAGAAAAUCGCCUUCAUCGCCUGGAAAAGCUUGAUUGAUAACUUUGCGUUGAAUCCAGAUAUCCUUUGUAGUACCAAGCGUCUGAAAUUACUGAUGCAGCCUCUCGCCACAAUCCAAGUGAGAACUGAAGUCCUGCUGCUGACUAAACUGGAGGUCUGGUGGUACUUGGCAGUGAAACUUGGGCCACAUUUCACUGCUAACUUUGAACAGGUAGGGAUUCCUCUGGUCCAAAGCACAAUGAUCACAGGUUCUACUGCAAUAUCUCUGGGAACUCCUGCAAGAACAGUGGCAAACCAGUCCAUCAGCGCUGCUCAGACUACCCCCAAAACUGGCACUAAUGCUUUUGCAAGCCCUGCUUCGACUCCUCGGCUCGGUCUGAACAGUAGUAUGCAUGCGUCAGCAUCGUACCCGUCCAUUCAGCUGCUGGGGCUGGAGAUGCUGCUUCACUUUCUCCUGGGCCCGGACAUCACCGCUGCGGCCGCACAGAGCAAGCUCCAGCUCAGUCUGGAACCACUUGCAAAUCCACUAAUCACCAGCCCUUCAUUUUUCUGCAAGCAUGCUGGAGUUCUCAUAAACUCAGUCCGAGACGGGAUCAUUACUGUAGGCAAAGAGGCUCCAGAUGCCACACUUAACCUUAUCUGGAAGAAUCUAAUUGGCUUUGUGACCGCAGCAGCAGGCAAUAAAAAGGAGAGGCAGGGCUCGGAGGUUUUGACCCUGUUCUUGCAAGCUUUACACACCAUAGUAACUUCAGAAGCACUUCCUGCACACCGAGCAUUGAUUCUCCUUGAAGCCACUGUGAAGGGAAUCCCUCCUAAAAUAUUGGGUUCUCCAGCUUACCAGGUAGCCAAUAUGGAUGUUUUAAAUGGAACUCCUGCACUGUUCUUGAUGCUCUUGUUCUAUCACAGAAGCUUGUUGGAGUCCUUUGUAACUGAGGAGAGGUUUUUCGUAAGUGUGGAGACACUAGUUGCCUGUGGUCUGUCUGGUCCCACGUCUCCGCUGGCAUACAGCGAGUCCAUUCUGAACGUUAUCAACCAGAGGGCCACCCUGGUGGCGAACAAGGAGCACCUUUGGAGAAUGUGGAGCAUUGUAGUUAACCCUUUAACAGAAAGGAUCACGCAUACAAAUGAAGUCAAUCAAGGAGAUGCCUUAGAACAUAACUUCACCGCUGUGCACAGUGCUCUGAUGCUGCCCAUAACUCACAUCCUCACAGUAAAGGGAUUCCCACAAGGCACGAUGAAGCCUCUGCUGCGCUCCUGGGCAGAGCUGUACAGGGUGUUUGCACGCUGUGCUGCUCUGGUGGCUACAGCUGAAGAAAACGUCUGCUGUGAGGAGCUGUGUGUCAAAAUGACACCAGUCCUGGGAAACGGUGCUCUGUCGAAUCUGUCGACAUUGGAAGCAGUUGUUCACGUUCUAACUGUCAUUACUGAGUGCGUCAACUUUUCACCUUACACUCCCAGGUUUCAACAAAUUAUAAAUUCUCCACAUACACCAUCCAGCUGGAUGCGAAAGAAGAAUAAGCCCCUGGGAAACUUGACCUCUUACAUGAAGCUCCUGGUGCAGGUGGUGGACUCGUUCCACACGCAGGGUGAUGCAGAGCCCCUGGCGGACACACCUGCUUCUUCCAUGGUUUUAGUGGGGGCUUCCAUCAUCAACAUUCUGUCAGUGCUUUUCAGCAACCUGUCACUGGCCAGUGCCAUCGGAGAAUCCCUUUCAAGCCUCACCAGACCCAUAACCACGUUUUUCCAAAGAACUGCAAUGCCCCAAGCUGAUUUGCCAAAGGUCUAUGCAAUUCUUGGACACAAGCUGGAAAAACUACUGGGAGACAUUCUAACCUGCUUGCAGUCUCGCUAUGCGACCACCUAUGGUGAUGAACUGUUGGAACAGCUGGCGCCGUUGCUGAGUGUUCUUUUCCUUCAUCAGAACAAGCAAUUCCGGAACCAGAUAGCUCAGUUUUGGAAUGCCACAUUUGCAAAGGCUGCAACAUUGAACUACCCACAGGAACUCAAGCCUGUUCUGAACCAGGUAAAGAUGAAACUUUCCAUUAUACUGCCUGGUUUUGUAGCUGUUGAGGUAGCUGUUGAUGAGUCCGGUGGACCUUACUCUGAUAAUAGUGAGUGUUCCCAGUUAGGCACAAAGCUCAGUGGCUUGGAAGUGAAGUCUGCAGGAAAAAGGGAUUCCUUGCUUUCCAGAACCGACGAACUAAAGGAAAAGCACUCUGCACCAGUGGCGGUAAAACUGGACUUUGGCUCUCCCAAGCCUCCUCGCCGGGAACUUCUGUUGGACGAGGAGAAAUCUGUGGACUUUGUGUUUAUCCCCCCAGAGCUUAAGCAGAGAGUGCUAACUGAACACCAGAAGGAAGUUCUGAGGACAAAAAGGGUUGAUAUUCCUGCCAUGUAUAAUAACCUGGAUGCUUCCCAAGACACCACCCUGUUUACACAGUACAGCCAGAGCCAGGAGGACUCUAUGGAUAAACCAGCCACAGAUAAGAUGGAAGAAGCCACUAACACACCAGAAGCCACUUUAGAAAUACAAAUACCUGAAGAGAGAUCUGAGGACCAAGAUGAAAAGAUGGAAUCGGAAAAAGCCCCUGACAGGGCACAGCCAGACAUGGAGAUAAAAAAUAACGAAGAAAACAACGUGGGUACCAAAAUGGAAACUACUGAGUCCGAUUCACCUGAUCCUGUAACGGAAAACCCUGAAGACCUUGCUGAGACUUUAAAAGCUCCAGAUGUUUCAAAGGAGGAGCCACCUGGGGUUGAGGAUGUUGCCAUGGAGACGGAGGACAGCAGUGUCAAUGUUAGCAACAGUUCUGCCUCUUCAGAUGUGGUAUCUGGGACUCCCCAGAAACCAUCUAGUCGGCGGCAGUCUUUUAUCACUUUGGAGAAGUUUACUACUUUAGAUGGAAAUACCUUUAGUCCUGUUACGCUCAACACAUUCAUGGAGUCAGAUAGCAAAGCUUUAAAGUCUGCUAGUCAGGAAGCUGUGGCGGUUGAACCAAAGGAGGCUGAAACACCCCUGGAGAAAAGCCCAGACACUGCAGUAGACGAUACAAUGCCAGUACCCGAAAAGCCUAAGCGUGGGCGUCCGAAAGGCCGUAAAAGUGGCAGCACACCUGUAGUGGCAUCAAAACUUGAGAAAAGCUCAGAACAGUCAAUGGAAGAGAAGGAAACAGAGCCUAAAGUGGAAAAAAACAGUAUUGGUCACAGUGACGGAGCAGAAGAGGACUGUAUCCCAGAUACACAGCCAGUGAAGCCUGACUCCUCUGAGUGUGUGAAUGUAGAGAAACCCCAGGAAAACAUUAUGUCUGCAAAGGAGGAGACUGUUUCAUCUCUUGAAUCCAAGGAAAAUACUCCUCCUGGAGAAUUGGAAAACCAGGACAACGAAGAUCAAGCUUCUCAAAGUCAAUCUAGCCAGAACGAGCCUAGGCGUUCCUCAAGAAGGUUUAGUCAACCAUCGCGCUCUUUGGAUUGCUCAGAAAGCCAAGAGAGCGAAGAGAAAGGAAAAACUAAAAAGAGAGGCCCAAAAACCAUAGAGGAAAAAGCCAUUGAAAGAAAAGCUAGUCUGUAUCAUGUGGGCCAAGCCGAACAUCAGAAGGCAUCUUCUCCAACUGCAAGCCAGAUAGACACUCGGUUACAGGGGGAAACCAGUAAGAGGAGCAAUAAAGCUCCAGGGAGAGAGGACAGGGUUACCAGAAGAAAUGUCUCUGCCACUGCAGUGGAGACAGCAUCUCCUUGUGAGGCAGAGGAAGGGAGUAAAGUAGCCUCACAAGGGCGUAGCAGGUACCAGACUCGGAGAUCUUCUCAGGGCCUGCUUUCCAGCAUCGAGAAUUCUGAGUCUGAUAGCUCAGAAACUCGUGAUGAUGGUCAGAAGACGAAAAAGAGUGGAAGAGGAAGGAAGCCUAACAAAGUGGCAGACUCUUCAGACUUCAAAACUGAAAGCGAACCCCAAAAAGAACAAGUGGUGGAAAGGGCAGCAGUAGCAGAUCAAAUGGAAACUACUCCUGUGGUAAAUGCCAUUGAGCAAGCAGUGGCUGAGGACGGCAAUACAGUGGUUUUACAGGUUCCAGAGACCGAGAACACAAAUGAGACCCCUACAGUCCUCGAGCCUGCGGAUGUGUCUGGGAAUUUUAAGAGUGAGCAGAGUGUUGCUUUUGAUCAGGAAAACAAAACCUACAGUUUGAACAGAACUUUAGAUACAGAGUCUUGUUCAGAGCCCAUGUCCAAGAGUAUGAUCACAGAGCCUACUAUUGGGGACUUAUCCACGGCGCACUCGGAUGUCUUCAAUGCUUCUGCAGCAAGCGAAAAUCUGCAUGUGUGUUCUCGCAGCAAGAGGGGACGUGGACGCAGGCGUUCCAAGGUCUGCAACCGCUGUUUGGUGGACUCUCGGCAGGAUGAAGACGCCUUUGGCAUGCAAGAUUCAGAUAAGCAAGUGUUAGACCUGAAAGAGCUUUCAUCUGGAAUAUCCUCUGGGGGCCAGCAGUUUGACGACAGUGUUUUCGACCCCAAUGCUGUGAGCACUCCACUGCUCUCCAAGGAUCCUGUGACCUUUAGCACCUCUGUAAGCCAGCUGGCUUUGGGAAAUGACUUGGAAGAGGAGAAAACUACUGUUCUCGGAACUGUGAUUUUAGUAGAGGGGGUUGAGCAGGGCACCUUAGUUGCUACCACCAGUGAGCUCUGUGUGCAAACAGCAGAUGCCAUAAAAGAAACGCAGGUUGAAGAGCAGCAUGUUCUGGAAACAAAAAAGGUUCAAUCAGAAACUACAGAACACCCAGAGCAAAAAACUCCAACCAGUGAGGUAGAGGAGAACCAGCAGUUGGUGCCCCUUGAACAAUGGACUGAGGAUAAGCAGCCCAAGCCAGAUCAAGAGAAGAUGCUUGAAGAAACUGUGGAACCACCAGAUGAGAAGCAUCCUAAUGAGAUGCAAGGGAUAGAAGAUGAUGUCUUGCCUGCUGGAGUAGUUGCUUCUCCACCUGGCCUGCCUGAAGAGUCUUGGGUGUGUAAACAAACAGAUUCUGAAACAUUAAAUUUGGACUCUCCACCAAAGCAAAAGGGUUGUGAUGUGGCUUGUCUAAUUGAAGUGGGCCAGAGCCCCAGCGGCACAAAACCCCGUGGUGUGUGGUCCCCUACUGCUUCCCCUUCCACAAGCAUCCUCAAGAAAGGGUUGAAGAGACCGCUGGAGGUUGACUCUCCUUCACCUCUCAACAAGAACCGUCGAGUGUCCUUCGCCAACCCAAUCUAUCGGCAGGAACUGGCUGAUGACAUUGAUCGUCGUAGCCCAGUUGUAAGACCAUCUUCAAAUGGCUCCCCAAGAGCCAAAAGCCAUAGCGCAUCAAUUACACAACAAAAGUUUGUUUCCACUCCAACCAAGGGCUUGCUGAGCCUGAGCCCCCGUAAUCUCAAUAGCCCUGGAUUCAAGAGCUCCAAGAAAUGCUUGAUAUCGGAAAUGAGCGGAGAAUUGAAGCCUAUCCCCAAGGACUGUGUGUACCCUUCUCUAGUGGGUUGUUCAGUUCCCGUGGAGGCGAUCCUGCCGCAGCUUACUUCCAGUAUGUGGGCGCGGGGAUUUGGCCAGCUUGUUCGAGCCAAGAAUGUAAAGACAGUUGGUGAUCUGAGUGCUCUCACUGCUGCAGAGAUCAAAGCCCUCCCCAUUCGCUCUCCAAAACUACUCAAUGUGAAAAAAGUGCUUAGAACGUAUCACGAACAACAGAGGAAGUUGCGUGGUGUUGACGACCUCAAAGGAUUUGAUGAAACGGAGAAAAUGACUUCUGAAACUGAGGACAAGGAGCAAGUCCUGAAUAUUGAGGAGGAGGAGGAGAAGCUAGCAGCUGAAUUGGUUGAUACGCCUGUUCCAGCUGCAGUUAUGAAGCCACCUUCUGACCUGCCCUCUGACGUGGAAGCUCUUAACACCCGGUUCAGCUCUGAAGACCUUGGGAAAUACUCCAGCAGCCAGCUGUUCACAAUGCACCAGCAGAUGAGCGGCAUGUUGAACGAUAUUGUGAGCAAUCUGCACUCCCGCAUAAGUUCUCCAUCGCUGGUUAGCUUAGACUGACCUGUGGGCAAUCCAACAACUUCAGCGCAUUUCCUUGUUUUUAAGUAAAAACCAAUCCACAAAAUAGUGAGUUUAUAAGACACUGGAUUGUGUUUUUAUUUUUUUGUUUUUUUUUAAAUGGUGAACGUCUUCAUUGAGCACUGUGCUUUGGCUGAAAGUGACAUUAUGGACCCAACAAUCCAGUGGAUGAAGGGAAUGCUACCACCACCUUUUAUAUAUUGUAUGGUUCAUGUUACUGUUUUUGAAAUAAAGAAGAAUACGUUCCUAUUA